AUGUAAAAUUUGAUCAAAGAAUCCAAAAGAAUAUACUCUUAGUUUCUGCUACAUGGACCUAAAUAUUUGGACACUUUCGACUUUCAGCCAAUAACCAAAUUCACAAUUGAAGCUCUACAGACAAAAUCUCUUCAAGAUUACAUAAACAAGAAUUUGACCAUGCACUAAGAAAUUUCAAUGUUGCCAAUAUAAUUUGAACCAGAUAAUAGUUUUGCCUUUGCUAUCUUCACACUUGCACCCUCAGUAACAAUGCCUCUGCAUGACCAUCCUGAUAUGUUUGUACUAUCCUAUGUUUUACAUGGAGAUGGAAUUAGAGAGGGAUGGAAUAUCAAAUAGACUCAUUUAGAAAAACUCAAUUAAUUUAAGAAAACAUCCAUUUAAUAAGAUGUUAUGGUUGAACCAGAAGAAUUACCCAGAUUAAGUUUAAAAGCUGGAAGCAUUUGUUAUACUACUCCAUCUUCAUGCAAUUUGCAUAGUUUUAUUAACAAUAGCAGCACUGAACCCUUUGUUUUUCUUGAUAUUAUUGUACCUCAUUAUGAUGAAAAUACAAAUAGAACUAUAACAUAUUUUGAACGCAAGAAAGAUAAUCAAUUAAAAUUGCUUCAAUAAGAUGAAUUGUGA